AUGCCCAGUGUAAAUACAACAUUGAGCUAUACGCCAGGCGGUGCUGACGAUCCAUCCAAUCCAUUCCAUUAUAUGCCUUCAAUGCCUCCCGCUGUUGUAUCUCUGAUCCUCUUCAUAUUCUUGUUCAUUGCUCUCACCGUCUGGGUCAUUUCGAAGAGAACUUGGUACAUGAUUGCACUUUUGGUUGGAUGUGUUAUGGAAAUCAUUGGCUAUGGAACUCGUCUUCCAUUGAUCUCUCAACCAGUUGGACAAAUUCCUUUAUAUGCAUGUAUGCAUGCUUGUCUUAUCCUUGCACCUGUAUUUAAUGCGGCAAUAGAGUAUGUUUUAUUCGGUCGACUAGUACAUGCUCUUGGUGAUCAUUAUUCCUUAAUCAAACCAAAACUCGUAGCCUGGAUCUUUAUCAUCUGUGACGCGUUUUCAUUACUAAUUCAAUCAAGCGGCGCAGGUCUCCUUACAGCAGCGAAAAACGAUUUGGAGAAGGCAAGAACUGGAGAAAAUAUUCUUCUAGCCGGUCUCAUCAUUAAUCUUGUUUCCUUUGCCAUUUUCUGUUUACAACUCUUCUAUUUCGAGUACCAGAUAAGAAAAUUGCCACCUGUUUUCCUACCUGAAAGUAUUUAUGAGAAACGAUGGCGACGAUUUCUCUAUGCGAUCUAUAUCAGUAGUAUUCUCGUGUUGAUUCGACAAAUUUAUCGUGUUAUUGAAUUUGCUCAAGGUUUCACCGGUUAUUUAGCAGUACACGAAGUGUAUUUUUACAUAUUUGACACGAUACCAAUAUUCUUCUCUGCUGCAAUCUUUAUAGUCUAUUUUCCUGGCAACAACUAUUUACCACGAAACGGAAAAGACACAUACAACAAUAACAAUGUCGUGAUUCCUGAAAAGUUUUAA